UCCUUGGAGCGGCGGCUGAGGGGCGCGGGCCGAGAGCGGCGGACAUGCAGCGCUGGGGACGCGUCUCCUGCGUGCUCGCUCAGAGAAGCCAUUUUGAUCGAAUUCAUCAUGGUCUCCAAGGAAUUUGUGCAGUGUCACAAAGGACCUAUGCUGAUCAAGGUAUUGAUGCUGAUGUCACAGUUAUUGGCUCUGGUCCUGGAGGGUAUGUUGCUGCUAUCAAAGCAGCUCAGCUUGGAUUUAAGACUGUCUGUGUAGAAAAAAAUGAAACCUUAGGCGGAACCUGUUUGAAUGUUGGAUGUAUUCCGUCCAAGGCCUUGCUGAACAACUCACAUCUGUAUCACUUGGCCCAUGGAAAAGAUUUUGCUAAUAGAGGAAUCGAAAUUACAGGAAUCCGUUUGAAUCUAGAGAAGAUGAUGGAACAGAAGAGUGGUGCAGUGAAGGCCUUAACAGGUGGAAUUGCUCAUUUAUUUAAACAAAACAAGGUUGUACAUGUAUCUGGGUUUGGAAAAAUAACUGGCAAAAACCAAGUCACUGCAACCAAAGAUGAUGGCAGCACACAAGUUAUCAAUACAAAGAACAUACUUAUAGCCACAGGCUCAGAAGUUGCUCCCUUCCCUGGAAUUACUAUCGAUGAAGAUAAUAUAGUGUCAUCCACUGGUGCGCUGUCACUGAAAAAAGUUCCGGAAAAGAUGGUUGUUAUUGGUGCAGGAGUCAUUGGUGUGGAACUGGGUUCAGUUUGGCAGCGCCUCGGUGCAGAUGUGACAGCUGUUGAGUUCAUGGGCCAUGUUGGAGGAAUGGGAAUUGACAUGGAGAUCUCUAAAAACUUCCAACGUAUUCUUCAGAAACAGGGACUUAAGUUUAAGCUGAACACUAAAGUUACUGGUGCUACCAAGAAACCAGAUGGAAAAAUCGAUGUAGCUGUUGAAGCUGCUGCUGGUGGCAAGGCAGAAGUAAUAACGUGUGAUGUGCUCCUAGUUUGCAUCGGUAGACGUCCUUUUACAAAAAAUCUAGGUCUUGAAGAUAUUGGAAUUGAACUUGAUAAGAGGGGGAGAAUCCCAGUCAAUAACAGAUUCCAAACCAAAAUUCCAAACGUCUAUGCUAUUGGUGAUGUAGUUGCUGGACCUAUGCUGGCCCACAAAGCUGAGGAUGAAGGCAUUCUUUGUGUAGAAGGGAUGGCUGGGGGAGCAGUUCACAUUGACUAUAACUGCGUACCUUCUGUGAUAUACACUCACCCUGAAGUGGCCUGGGUUGGCAAAUCAGAAGAACAGCUGAAAGAAGAGGGUAUAGAAUACAAAAUCGGGAAAUUUCCAUUUGCUGCGAACAGUAGAGCAAAGACAAAUGCUGACACAGAUGGCAUGGUGAAGAUACUUAGUCAAAAAUCAACAGACAGGAUGUUGGGUGCUCACAUUUUAGGCGCAGGUGCUGGUGAAAUGGUUAAUGAAGCUGCUCUUGCUAUGGAAUAUGGAGCAUCAUGUGAAGAUGUAGCCAGAGUUUGCCAUGCCCAUCCAACAGUGUCAGAAGCCUUCAGGGAAGCAAACCUAGCAGCAUCUUUUGGCAAAGCUAUCAACUUCUAAAAUGAAAGAGCCGAUCUUUGUACGUGUAUAGUACAUCUCUGAAAAUGGACUGUGGGCCCUUAGGGAAGGCUGAGUCUGAGGAUUUUAGGACUGAAUUAAGUGAAUCUCUUCAUUUUAAACAUCAAAUAUUUAAACAAGUAGAGUUUGGAACAAGUGGAAUUAUCCAGUCUCUGUAAAUUAAAUACUUAAAAUUACAUGUUUAUUUACAUGAUGAAUGUUGCAGAAAAACAGCCUGACAGAACUCUUCUUCAAAACCAAACAUUUUGCCGCUGCAUGGGAUUAUCAGGUGUGGUGGUCAAAACUCCAAAUAAGUGUCCAGCAUACCUGGUGUUUUCUUAUUUGAAGUGGUGAUAGACUAAACCAGUUGAAUACUGGCACUUACAAUGCCGCUGGCACUUAAAAUGCCACUGUCACUUCCGCACAAAAAUGUGUUUCCUUCUGAAAGGAUUAACUUUAGUAUUUAACCUACUUAAACACAAGUACCAAAAUUUGAUUUGACCUAGUAGUGUUAGGAUGUCGGGAGAAGAGGGGCUUGUAUAGAUCCAUUAAAACUAUAUUGACUUCUGAAAGAGAAAAUUACUCUGUGUGUGUGUGUGAUUCUCCACACAUCAUGUUUUCAUACUGAAAACUCAUCAGGGGGAAAAAUUGAGUGCUGAUGGAGAAAUGAAAGAUUGAAGAAAAAUUAAUCUUACUGCUACUUAAUAUUUUUUGAUUUUAAAGCUUCCAUUGUCCAACUCUCUUAAACUUGAAACGCUAAAACUGGGUAGUGGAGCAGUGCUUGCUGUGAAUCAUAGAAUCAUAGUUUAGGUUGGAAAAGACCUUUAAGAUAAUUGAGUCCAACUGUUAACCUAGCACUGGCAAGUCCACCACUGAACCACGUCCUGAAGCACCACAUCUACACGUUUUUUAAAUACCUCCAGGGAUGGUGACUCCACCACUUCCCUGGGCAGCCUGUAAAUGACAUGAGGAUUAUUCUGCACCUUCCGCACACAAGGGCUGCGGUGUCAGCUCUCCACACAAUUAAGACAUACUCUUUUUCUGUUCUCUAUUUUUGCUGUCUUUCUGUCUUUUCUGUAGCAAGAGAGCUUUAUAAAUAUUUAACAUGGC